ACUACUUAGCUGUUAUCGAGUACAUCAUUUCCAAUUUGUUCCAUUAAAUGGUUGAUUUAAACAAAUCAUUGAUUUGUAAAACCUUAAAGUUUGUAUUGUGAUUCGAUUCUUAUAGCGUUAAAUUGACUGAGCUCUGUUUUGGAAUGUCUAUCAACAAGGUGAAAGCAGUAGGUUAUCCGUUGGCUGCAGUGUUUGAUGCAAAUGAUCAAAAAAGUUUUCGGAUGUUAGUUUUGUGGCUUGAGGAAAAUAUAUUACAUAACUAUGAUCCAGAGAAACGAACAGUGUUACAGAAUAUCGAUUCUCCUUCUUGGGACACAGCAUUCAAAGACUACUGUGUGUCAUGUUCUAGUCCAAUUAAAACUACCGAAGCUAUCGAUCAGUUGGAAUGGUUAUUAGGCGUAGCCAUUCGACUAAUGUACAAUAAACAAAAAAACAAAUUUGAUUCUGAAACAAAAAAAACACUUGAAAUGUCUACUGAUGUUCCAAUGAUUGUUCCAUCUGAUAACCCAAUUGAUAAUCUUGAUGUAAACAGUAGUGAUUUCAAGGAAGGUGUUGAGAAACUUGCUGACUUACUGAAUAUUUCCAAGCAUCCAGAUCACAAAAUUACAUUAGAAGCUAUUCAUAAAUUUAUCAUUAAAAGGCUUAAUGAAGAAGCCAUCAAAAAUCCAUCAUUGAUAUUACCUAAGGGUGAAGCUUUUCCUUUAGAAAAAGUAAAAGGUCACACAAUUGAAACCAAAGAUCCAGCUGUUCUUCACGCAAUGAAGGUUUUGAGGUUGGCACAGUUGCAUAGAUUACGCGAUCUUCAAACGUGUAUUAAUGAAUGUAUAGUUGCGAUGCAAGAAGUUACUUCUGAUCCAAAAACAGAUACAAAAUUAGGAAAAGUGGGAUAUUGAAUAUCAAAUUCUUGCAAUUGCUUAUAUUAUUUAACUGUAAGAUAUAUAUGAAUUGUAAAAAUGUCUUGUGUACAAUUAAAAAUAAGCUUUUUAAA